CAGGGGCUGUCAACAGUCUGCCCUAUGAGCGUCUGGCCCACAUGGCAACCUCACACGCGUCUACGAUAGAUGCUUGCUUGCCUGAGCGUUGCAUUUCUUUGAACUGUAUCUCUACUGCUUCUGCCCUUGCUUUGCAGCGUCCACGGAAAAUUUAGACAUUAGACAUCCUGACAUCCUUUUGCUUCUCUGCUUUGAAAGCUAGAAGAAGGAUGGGCAGGUUACUGCUCACGAGCGGGCAGGUGUCUGUCAUCCUGUCCGCUAUCAUUGUCUUCGCAUUCACGUUCGCGCUCUUCCUCUCCGGCUACGUCCUGCAACAGCGCUACGUCCACAAUCUCCAAGCCGCAAUAAAACCGCGCGUACCGAAAGCGCUACCUGUCCCAAAGCAAAUUGAGCCGCCAACGCUCGAUGAGAAAUGGGCUAGACCCGUGGGCGAAAGGCCACAGGUGGAGGAUACGAUGGCACAGUACGUGAAUGGGCAGGAGCUGGACUGGAGCAGACUGGGGUAUGUGCAGGUUGUGAGGGAGCAUGUCGAGUUGUGCAGUGCAGUGAUGCUGUUGUCAGACUUGCACAGAAUGAAGAGCCCAGCGAGGAGGGUGCUGUUGUUCCCCAAGUUGUGGCUGCAGGAGGCGGAGGAUAAUGGAUACAGUGCGGAGAUGUCGACUACGAGGAGGUUGCUGGGGACUGCAGCGAGGCGGUAUGGAGUUACGUUGAUACCCAUGGAGCCUAUACUCGACGGUGCAGACGGCACGUUGCCUUCGUCCUACUCGCUGGCCAGCUUGUACUCGUUGGUCGACUACGAGCGCCUCAUCUACCUGCAAGGACCCGGAGUCCUGCUCGAUGCAUCGUCGUUGGACUCACUGCUGGCGUUCUCGAAGUCGGAGCCCAUGGCUGCAUACCCAGCGACACCAGAGAGGAACGAUAUGUCGAUGUCGCUGUUGAUGAUCCACCCAACACAAGCAAGCUUCCAGCAGCUCAAGGCGAUGCGCUCCACAAAGCCAACAUCAGAUCUCGAUCUCUUCCGGGAGGCGUUCACAGUACCUGGGUCGUUGAUCUCCGAGUGGUCACUGUCGAUGGGCAACGUUGUCUACGAGUCGCAAGAUCUGCGCACAGCGAGCAACAGCUUCAAUGCAACUGCAUUCGAGCAGUCAACAACAUUCGUGCGUCUGUCCGACCCAGAAAUACCCGGCCCAGAGUACGACAUCCCUUACUCAACGCGUGUAAAGCUGCGGCCGCAGAACGAACAGGCACAGGAAGCGUGGAGCAAGCUGUACGAGCGGUUUCGCCAGCAGCGCAUGGAGGUGUGUGGGCUAGACCUCGAGUACUACUCGCCGUUAGUACUGGCGGGACUCGCGGCUGGCGGUGUCAAUGAUGAGCUAUGAGGCAUAUAUACCC